AUGCCUUCCUCUGACGGUAAACUCCGCGUCGCUAUCAUUGGCGGCGGCCUUGCUGGCGCAACGCUCAUGAACGCCCUCCUCAAGUACUCGCAUCUCUCUCCCGAAAUAUUCGAGUCCGCGCCUGAAUUCUCCGAGCGCGGCGCUGCGGUCGGUAUAGCGCAGAAUGGGCAGGCUGCUUUGGCUGAGAUAGCGCCCGAGCUUGCGGGUGCCUUGGAUCGAGCAGGAGCGGUGGUGAUGAGCUCAAGUCGGGUUAGGAUGGCUUCGGGCCCUCACACCGGCGCAUUGGCAUUUGAUCUCACUGGCGAGCAGAGAGGAAAAGUGGUCCACCGGAAAGCCCUGCUGAACGAACUCCUAGAACCCAUCCCCAAAUCCCGCAUGCACACCAGCAAGAAAGUCACCGACAUUGCACAAGCCAACGACUCCGCCACUGGACCAUUCAAGCUGCACUUCCAAGAUGGCUCUUCCUACAUCGCCGACGCCGUAAUCGGUGCAGACGGCGUCCAUGGCUACGUCCGCACCCACAUCCUCGGAGCCGAUCACCCAGCCCUCAAACCCAAGUUCGGCGGUUUCUGGGAUUCGCGGUCUUUGAUCCCAAUGGAAAAAGCGAAGGAGCUGCUUGGUGAGCACUAUUUUAUUGAAGGGGACCAGAGACAGCAUGGCUGGAUCGGGAACGGUGGUUUCUUCAUGCAUGAUGUGCUGGAUGGUGGAAAAACGGUGCAGUGCGUCGCUUGUGCACAGACGAACGAGGAGUGGGGCGAGGAUGAGUGGAGGAGAGAUCUGGAUAGAGAGAAAUUGGAAAGUACAUUUAGUGGAUGGACAGAGAGUGCAAUCAAGAGAGGCAUGAUUGAGAACCCCGAACUGAAAGCGUUCGCGGAGUGGCAUCACAAGAUCGAUGCGCCUACCUAUGCCAAAGGUCGGGUAGUGAUGAUGGGCGAUGCGGCUCAUGCCAUGACUCCGUGGCAGGGCUCAGGGGCGGGGCAAGCGAUCGAGGAUGCGAUGGUUCUGGACGCGCUCCUUGGAGAAGUGAAGGAACCGAAACAACUCGAGGCUGCUUUCAAAGCGUAUGACCAGGUCCGCCGGCCGAGGACGCAGCGUAUCAUAGCAUCAAGCCAUGACGUGGGAAUGGCUCUAUGCGGUAGGGGCUCCGGUGGCUUGGAUGUGGAAAAGCUAGCGGAUUUGCCGCCGAAGUGGGUGUUCAUCCACACCCAGGACCAGAAAGAGCAUAUCAAAGGGGCUUUAGAAGCUAUGCGAAGCAUAGUAUAA